UACCUUUUCACAGAAGUGAAAUAAAGCUGUGAGGCCAUUUUGUCUUUUACAACAAUCCUCUCACGAAGGACGCUACAUCUUCAUUUUGGAGGACUGAGCCUGCCUCUGAACGUUUACACUUACCAUGGACGCUCCCGACAUGAGAAGAAUUGUGAUCCUUGGAAAAACUGGAUCUGGGAAAAGCAGUGUUGCAAACAAUAUAUUUGGAGAAGACCAGUUCACCGUCUGCCAUGAUUCCAUCUCAGCAAAAAGUCCAUGUGAAGCAAAAACUCAAUCACUAAAUGGAGGACAAACCACUCUGAUUGACACACCUGGAUUCUUUGAUACAAACAAACCUGAAGAAAGUCUAAGACCUGAAAUAGUGAAGUGUAUCACAGAGUGUUCACCUGGACCGCACGCUUUCCUCAUUGUGCUAAAACUAGAAAAAUUUACAGAGCUAGAAAACAAGAUCAUCGAACAAAUAACCCAGUACUUCACUGAAGAAGUGUUCAACUUUGCAACAGUUGUUUUUACUCAUGGAGAUGAUCUCCAAGAAGGGCAAAAAAUCAAAGAUUAUGUGAGCCCAAAUGUACAUUUGAGUGAAUUAGUGAAAAAAUGUGGUGGUCGGUGCCAUGUGAUAGAUAAUAAAUACUGGAAAAAUCCCUCAGAUGAGACGUACAGGAGCAACGCCCACCAGGUGAAAGAGAUACUGAAAUCAGUUGAAGAGAUUGUGAAUGAUAACAAUGGAAACUGCUACACAAACGAGAUGCUGCAAAUGGUGGAGGAAAUGACACAACAGGAAGAGAAACGUCUUGCAAACUCCUCAGAAAAUAUGUCAGAAGAAGAAAUCAGGCAGGAAGCUAAAAGCAGCGUGUGUGAUAUUUUAAAUAAAGCAGCAGGUGUUACAACAGGUGCACUGCUGGGAGCACUUUUUGGUGUAGCUGUUACUGCUACAGUAGCUGCAGUAGCAGUAACAGCUGGAGCUGCUGGCAUCAAAGCAAUAGGAGCAGUCGGAGCAGCAGGAUUAGCUGCAGCAGCAGAAACAUCUGGUGUUGCAGCUGGAACUGCUGUCAUCAAAGCAGGAGCAGUAGGAUUGGGUGUAGGUGCAGCUACCGGAGCAGCGGUUUGGAGCACAUGAAGGAUAUCAGGCUGCAGAGGAAUCAGAAACACCAAGGGAAGCAGCAGAGAAGACGGCAGAAGCUGUUUGUUCUUCAGGAAAGAAUGUCAUAAAACAAGUCAAAAAGUUCAGCGCAGAGUAUCAAAAAUAACUUUUUCAAUGAGAAAAAAAAUAAAAUUAAUGUGCAGACUUUGGUCAAAUGUAAAGAUCCCAUAGAUUAUCACAAAAUUCUCAGAAAAAGUUUUCCUGUCCACUUUUCUAAAGCUGCUUGAAAAGAUUUCAUGUCGUUUAGAAGUUAAUUAUCCAACAACUGAAAUAAUUAGAAAUUGGAACAAUGCUUGUAAUUCUGCUCAUUAAAAAUAAUCAUCUUUCUAGUGGUAACCCAAGAUUUCUAUUACUUGAUCAUAAAAUAUAUCAUGUGUGUUUUAAUAGUUUAAUAGAUUAUAACUCUGAUAAUAUUUGACUUUAAAAUUAUCAUUUGUACACUGAAAUUAUAAAUCAUUUACAUAUAUAUAAAUAUAUAUAUAUACUUAUUUUCCACACUGUAGUCCUUCAUGUGUUCAUACAUUUACCAGAGAUUUAAUCACCAUUAAUGUUAUGAUAAAACUGUAUUUCUGUUCAAAUUAAUAAUAAAAGAUCUGUUUUCUGUUCA